AUGGCGCUGAGAGUCUCUCGGGGCGGUCGCGGACGCGGACGUGGCAGAGGACGCGGUAGAAGAAAGUCGGAGCUGUGGGAAUGGGAAUCAUACAAACCGGGUCCAGAGAUUUAUGAGCAGCUAUGGCGUAUCCGUAAAGAACCUGCCGUAGUUACCUCACAACCAUCCGACGACUGCCCGAUACCACACGCACAAACGCGAAUUCUUGAUCGCCGACAGACUGAGGGCGCGGUAGUAAGAAAUUACUACGUUGUUCAAAUCACACGUACCGGCGACAGUGAGGAACAGAGAGUCACAGAAGAGGUAGACCUCAGUUGCAUAUUGCACUAUGUCUCUUCCGCCGAACUGGAACGAUUUGAAAAUGAGCAGUUUAGACUCGAGGCAGAGGCAGAGGCUAUUGCGGUACAAGCAGAAAUUGACGAGCUGGCGCGCCGGCAGGUAGAAAAGAAUGCAAGAGGGGCCAAGACUACUGGAACAGGAAGCCGGAUGCUCAGUGGACUAGGGUUACCUUCAGAUGUACCGACGCGGACAAGAGUCAGGCCUCCAGGGAGACGUGGCAGAGGUCAAGGCAGAGGUCGAGGCCUGGCUAUGCGUCACGAUGAUUUGGGCGAGCAAUCUGGCCAUUCUACUGUCUUUCUGGACCAAGUAACCCAGAAUAUAUCUCCAGUAAUUCCAGAAACCGAUGAUGAAGAGGACCAAGAUUCGGAGGCACAAACCCAAUCAUCGCCAGGUCUGAUGCGCUCGGCAUUUUUUGCCAAUAGCGCUCUGCCACUGCCACCUGUUACAAGAAGACUUUCUAUUCCAAUCACCUACCACACCCAAGAGGAUGAAGCAGAAGAUGUACCUACACCCAUUGCGCAACAGGACCGCGGACUAGACGAAAACUGGCAUCGUAUCAAAAGACUGAGAAUCGGAAACCCGGACUCAGACCAGGAUACAUCAGCACCGUCACCUCCGCAAAUACCGAUGGAAGCAUUCUCAGCAGCCCUCUUCUCGGACCGCUCCUCUGUCGUAGACGCAAACUCGAGUCCCAUUGUUAUCGAGGAUAUUGCGCCAAUACCACCCACCAAUCUACCCGCACUGGGAUCACCCAUGUUUGGAUCCGACUCUGACGACUCGAUUCCCGCAUAUGCACCGUCGGCCUCCGCUAAUGCUAAACAUCCAUCUCCAUCUUUACACAAAGGCGGAUUCAGCAGCGACACUAUACACAUAACUACGGAUUCUAUCAUGGAAGACGAAAACGGCAAGGCAGAUGGCGACGAUGAAGCUGUAGACGAAUACGUGGUCGAGACUAUUGAAGAACAUUAUCAAGACGGGAAUAAGACGUAUUACCUGGUCAAGUGGGAGGGGUAUGAGGAUAGUCGUGACUGGUUGUCAGAAGAGGAUUUGCAUGGUGCGAGGGAGAUUGUUGCUGAGUAUCAUGCAAGAAUACGGAGGAGGGAGGAGAAGAAGCCUGUCGCUAAGAAAGGGAUGUUUUUUAAAUAA